CGCACACCGACAGUAACGCUCCGUAGUUGCUGUUUGUUGUCUUUUCAAAGCCCGUGGCAGUCAAGGCGAGCAUCAGUUUGCUGCCACAAUGCUUAACCUAGAUCUGCUUAAAUGGUCUUAAAUUGAGUAAACGCCGUGGAGAUGCUGUGGAAGAACAUGCUGGUGCGCAAAGGAAGUCUCCAUCACCACAGAGUGGAACUGGAAAUGUAGCCGGAGCUCCAGGUCUGCUCCAAGCAUUAUGCACCUUGGAAGUUGUUCUCGCCUUCAUUCCUCAGUAAAGGUUCAUAGAUGGUAUUUCUCUGCGCGACUUCGUGGAUUUGGUUCUCUGAGGACCAGCUGAAGAACAGACAUGGCAGUGUCAAAUAUGGUGUUCUCUGACGUGGAAAGUUUUCUGGACUCGCAUCCCGAGCUAUUCGAGGAUUACCUGAACAGAAAGGGGAAUUAUAGCAUGGUAGAGAAAUGGCUCAAGAAUCACCAGGCGAGCAAAAGUCCAACGGCUUCAGCUCCAGCCGAGGCAAGAGAGGAGAAGAGCAACCCGUAUAAGGACAGCUGGGCGAGCAAAUGUGACGGUUUGCAACGGAGAGCGUCUCAGAAGGAGCUGCGUAAAACUUUCGCCAGAUCCAAGGCCAUCAAUGUCAACAGGACAUACGACGAACAUGUUAAUUCCAGGGCGCAGGAGCCGCUGACCAGCAUGAGGAGGAGAGCAUUGCUGAGGAAAGCGAGUUCUCUGCCCCCGACCACUGCGCACAUACUGAGCGCGCUGCUGGAGUCCAGAGUCAACAUCCCCCAGUACCCCUCCACAGCCGUGGAUUUUAAAUAUUACCUCAAAGAACAUAACGAGCGAGAGUUUUUCCUGGAGCUUGUAAAAGACAUAUCCAACGACUUGGACCUAACGAGUCUUAGCUACAAAAUCCUCGUAUUUGUUUGUAUUAUGGUCGAUGCAGACCGGUGCUCCUUGUUCUUAGUGGAGGGAACGGGCAACAAGAAAACGCUAGUGUCCAAAUUCUUUGACGUGCACGCAGGUACCACAGUUUUGCCCUCAAUGAAUUCAGAUGAAGUGCAAGUGCCGUGGGGAAAAGGGAUCAUUGGUUAUGUAGCCGAACACGGGGAGACAGUGAACAUCCCUGACGCUUAUCAGGAUCGUCGAUUCAGCGAUGAAAUUGACAAGCUGACAGGGUACAAAACCAAGUCACUGUUGUGCAUGCCUAUUCGCAACAGUGAUGGAGAGAUCAUUGGAGUUGCUCAGGCCAUUAACAAGACUUCAAGUGGAGAACUCUUCACUGAAGACGAUGAGAAGGUGCUGCAGAUGUACCUGCCCUUCUGUGGUAUUGCGAUCUCCAAUGCCCAGCUCUUUGCUGCGUCAAGGAAGGAGUAUGACAGGAGUCGGGCACUCCUGGAAGUAGUCAAUGACCUGUUUGAAGAACAGACUGACCUGGAGAAGAUUGUCAGGAAGAUCAUGCACCGUGCCCAGACAUUGUUAAAGUGCGAGCGCUGCUCUGUUCAGUUGCUGGAGGACAUUGAGUCACCGGUUGUGAAGUUCACUAAGUCGUUUGAGCUGCUCUCCCCUAAGUGUAGUGCAGACACUGAAAGCAGUUUCAAAGACAGCAUGGAGAAAUCAUCUUAUUCAGACUGGCUCAUCAACAACAGCAUUGCAGAGCUGGUGGCUUCCACAGGACUGCCUGUAAACAUUAGUGAUGCCUAUCAGGAUCCUCGCUUUGAUGCUGAGGCAGACCAGUUCUCUGACUUCCAUAUCCGCUCUGUGCUUUGUGUCCCUAUAUGGAACAGCAAUCACCAAAUUAUUGGUGUGGCCCAAGUGCUGAACAGGCUUGAUGGGAAACCCUUCGAUGAUGCAGAUCAGCGUCUCUUUGAGGCAUUUGUGAUCUUUUGUGGAUUGGGCAUCAACAACACCAUCAUGUACGACCAGGUGAAGAAGUCGUGGGCCAAGCAGUCAGUGGCUUUGGAUGUUUUGUCGUACCAUGCCACUUGCUCCAAGACUGAAGUUGACAAAUUCAAGGCUGCUAACAUCCCCCUGGUCUGCGAGCUGGGCAUCGAUAAGCUCUCGUUUGAUGAUUUCUCUCUGGACGUUGAUGCCAUGAUAACAGCAGCUUUGAGAAUGUUUAUGGAAUUGGGAAUGGUGCAGAAAUUUAAGAUCGACUAUGAGACACUGUGCAGAUGGCUGCUGACUGUAAGAAAAAACUACAGAAUGGUUCUCUAUCACAACUGGAGACAUGCAUUCAACGUCUGCCAGUGCAUGUUUGCCAUGCUGACGACAGCAGGUUUCCAGGAGACUCUGACAGACGUGGAGAUCUUAGCCCUUAUAGUAGGUUGUGUGUGCCAUGACUUGGACCACAGGGGCACCAACAAUGCUUUUCAGGCAAAGACAGGCUCAGCUCUCGCUCUGCUUUAUGGGACCUCUGCUACACUGGAGCACCACCACUUCAACCAUGCUGUCAUGAUCCUGCAGAGUGAGGGUCACAAUAUCUUCUCCAACCUCUCGUCCACAGAAUACAGUGACCUCAUGCAGCUGCUGAAACAGUCCAUUCUGGCCACAGACCUCACACUUUACUUUGAGAAUAGAAACAUGUUCUUUGAGCUGGUCAGCAAUGGAGAGUACAACUGGAAUGUGAAGGCACAUAGAGACAUGUGCAGAUCCAUGAUGAUGACAGCAUGCGAUCUCGGUGCUGUUACCAAGCCCUGGGAAAUAUCGCGAAAGGUGGCUGAGCUGGUGACGAGCGAGUUCUUUGAGCAAGGCGACAGAGAGAGAUUGGAGCUGAAACUCACACCCUCUGCCAUUUUUGACCGAAACAGGAAGGAUGAGUUGCCAGGGCUUCAGCUGGAAUGGAUUGAUGGAAUCUGCUCUCCGCUGUACGAGACUCUGGUCAAGUUGAAUCCUAAACUUCACCCGAUGCUUGACAUGAUCAAAGCUAACAGGGCCAACUGGGAGGAACUGAACAGGAAGAGACAACGUGGCCAGAGUGUUUCUGCACCCGCGAGCCCCUGCAGUGGUGACAGCACAGAAACCAGUGGCUGCACCGUGGCCAAAACUGGCAGCACACCCUGCUGCAGCGGCAGUGCUGACGGAUCACCAUCUAAAGCAACUAGUUAGUUUCUGCUGCUGAGCUUCUGAGCUGAUUUCCCAGGCUUAUUUCCUCCUAAAUGCAGCCUGCAAAAGAGGAAGUGCAGUGCAUGCAGAGAUUCUUGGGCUCUGCUCCUGAUCGCUUUUUUGCUACUAGAGAUGAGCUUCAGACUUGAGUGUGGCACUAUCAUAGAGGUUUUUCUGCUGCCUUCAGAUUCCCCGUGCUGAAGGGUGACAGAGCUGUGUUUGGCAAGCUUGUCGGAGCAGCCACAAAUCAGCUGAUGACACCACGUGAGAAAGGAAACUCAAACCACUGUGUCAACAUGUCAGCCAGUGAGCUAACACCAACUGUUUCAUGGCGGUGUACAGAUUUUCAGCAAAGGCAUGGAGAAAAUAGGAGAGGAAUGUUUGUCUUUGCUGUGGUUUGUUUUGCUUUUGGCACCCCCUUACUGCUCACUUUUCUGUCCAGAGUAAAAGAUUUAUUUAUUUAUUUUGUAAAUCUGUAAAUAGGCUAUUAAGUUAUUGAAAAGAAUAAGGAUUGGUUUUGAUUGUAAUGUGGGUGUAGAAUUUCUAAAGGCCUAAAGGGGUGUAGGAACAAAAAGGACCUGUGACAAUGCUUGCAAUGCAAAUUGAAUUCCUGCUCCCUCUCUUCCUGUGCCUUGUUUUAGGAUCCUAAUGAAAAAUGCAUGGCCUCCUUGCUGAGGCUCUUAGAUAAUAUGGAAAUCCAUGUUGAACCAUGGUGUAUUUUUUGCCAUAAAAACCAAUGACUGCAGUUAAUGUCUUGACCCCCCAUAAACAGAAAUAUAUUUUGCCCAGUUUUAUAAAUGCUGGGCACACACACACACACACACACACACAAUGUGCCUUGAUGAAGCUGUUCUGAUAUCACAUUACCUAAAAUAAAAUAUUAUUUAAUAUCAAAAGCCAUGGUUGGACAUUUUAACAACUAGCCCUUUUUUUUUUUUUGCUAAUAGCCAAUCCGUUUGAUCGGAAGAUCCUUAGCAUUCAUGGUUAUUGAAUUGAAGGCUUCAUCCAGCAGGUGAUUAGAGCUUAGAUUAGCAUAAAAACUACAAACAUGGGAAAGCAGUGAAUAUGGCUGUUUAUCCUUGUUUAUUGUCUUUAUGCAAACCUGUCUGUAGCAGUUAAGGGUAUUUACUAAAAUAUGAAAUGUUUUAAUCUAAUUUCAGCCUUUUCUAAAGUUCACAAAGGCUACCAACUGCAUGAUGCUUUUCACAAAAAAUCUCCAGACCCCCAAGACAAUAACAUGACAUGUAGUCAAAUACAUUUAUUUAGAUUAGAGCUCAUUUAUUACUGUAUUUUUUGGGACCUAUAUGAAUAAUGAGGAAGUAAAAAUUUCCAUCACUGAUAUAUUGAGAAUCCCACUUGACUCCACACUUAGUCUGUAUAUAAAAGAUGGACGUAGCCCUCAUUGAGUCAUCCAUUAGUUA